AGUGAUUUCUCUGCCCUCUGGCUCUGUCAGCCCUUGGAGAUGCGCAGACUACUUAUCAAAGCCUUGUAUUUCUUCAUCACAUGUACUUUUCAAAAUAUUUAAAGAAAAAAGACACGAAGAAAGUGCUGCUUAGUGUCUAUAGUUUCUCACAAAACGCAGCUUUUACCAAUUUUAUGUUAUCGUGUUUACCGAAUUGCAAGAACUCUGCGAUGUCUUACGUAGACAGUUCUGACGAGACGUUCGACUACCUCUUCAAAAUAGUCCUUAUCGGUGACGCAGGAGUAGGAAAAACAUGUGUAGUCCAACGAUUCAAGUCUGGAACAUUUUUAGAGAAACAGCAUAGCACGAUUGGAGUUGAUUUUACAAUGAAAACCCUAAAUAUUGAUGGCAAGAAAGUGAAGCUUCAAGUGUGGGAUACUGCUGGACAGGAACGAUUCCGUACAAUAACACAGAGCUACUACCGAAGUGCAAAUGGGGUCAUCAUCGCCUAUGACAUCACAAAGAAAGAGACAUUCUGCAAUGUACCUCGGUGGAUAGAAGAUGUCCAGAAAUAUGCUGGAGGCAGUGUUAUCUGUAUAUUGUUAGGCAAUAAGAAAGACUUGGAGCAUAUAAGAGAAGUAGACUAUGAAGAUGCCAAGGCUUUGGCCACCCAUCAUGCUAUGCUGGAAUGUAUAGAAGUCUCUGCUAAGGACUCCACCAACAUUGAUGAAACCUUUGGGAAACUGGGCCAGGAACUCAAACGUCGUCAUGGCGGAGAAUCCUCCCUAGCAACAGGGGAAACCAGUAAGCUUUCUCUCAACACAAGACGAGUAGAUGGAUGGAAUUGUUGUGGAUAGCAGCAUUGUACCUCUCUCCUUUUUUAGAUUAGAAAGAACACACUCCGUUGCCUAGUCCAAGGCACUUCUUUCUAAAUUUUUGUACAUUAAUUAA